AUGAGCCAGCAACGCGUCGCAAGGCGUUCAGCCAGCCAUGGAGCGCUCAGCAACUCAUACGUCGCUCAAGGACGGGCUGGCUCAGACUCUGGACAUUACCUGCCCCCCUUUCGACCGCUUAGGAGCAUCAGGGAGCAUACCUUCCUGGACCCUGCCGCGUCAGCAGAGGGUAUGCUGAGAAAGACGACCGAGACUGGUAACAUCGGAAUUUUCUCCAUCAAUGUCACUAGAUCCAAUGACCAGCUGUUCCGGAGACCCAAUGGUUUGCGUGCCCGAGCCAGCUUUAAUGACUUACACCGGCCGCCGCGACCUUUUUCACGGAGCAGUGACAGGCUCGCAGGACGAGACGACCGAAAGCAGCUCCCUUCCUACCGCGACAGCACCUCUGAGAUAAUAUCGAUGUAUGGAUCGGAAAACCACAGCAGCAAGUCCCUUUCAAGCUCACUAACCACACCCUGUGACGAAUAUGGCCCGAGGUCGUACUCAAUGACGAGCUGCGGCCCCAGAGGAUGUUUCAUACCCAGGUAUAAUGCAAGCCAGCACUUACAGGAGUACCCAGGAAGGAUACAGCGCCCCAGGUCCCCCUACCCCUACCCGACUCGUUUGCCACGCCACGAUGUCCGUCCUGCAUCUCCAGCCCUGACUAUAAGUGGUGAUGUCGACUACAGCAGAAUGGUCGCGAUUGACAGGGUCUCUCACCGAACAACUCACCACCCUUACAAGACGCUUUUCCCGUGCAAGACGACAAGGUCUCCUUUGCCGCUCUCUCUGAGACAAGACGCAAACCUUUCAACACGCUCGUUAUCUGAUCACCAUGUCACAUCUCGUGCUAACCCACCUCGACCGCGAAAUCAACCACCGCUACCAAGUCAUCUUCACGAGUGGGGCGGGAGACCAAGAGAGAGGCUCGAAAGUGGCUCAUCGGAUCGGAGUUUGAGGACCAUGAGCUUGACAUCAAUGAGUGGCGGGUACGGCCAAUUCUCCUCACGGAUGCGAGGUAUUACAACAGUACCAAAGAAGCCUCUAUUCUACGACUACAGCGAAAAUUUCGAGGAUAUCGUCGAACCACCACCACCAGUCGUUCCGAUUGCUCCCAUCCCACGGCGCGUAUCAAAUUCAUAUCGUCCCGCGGCUGCCCAGAACGACAGGGGUGCGAAAACCGAGUGCGCAGACGAUGCACAGAAUGAAUUCGUGGCUUAUCUUCACGGGGGAACGACCACAAGCCAUCACGUUGAUGAAUCUAUUGCUUCCGCCCAUAACCAAGGUCUACAAUGGUCUUCACUACCUCAUGAUUCUGUCACCUCCCCACAAGGCGCCCCGGAGGAUCUUUUAGAAUCAUUUCCAUUGACGGAAACAGCUGUCCCAAUUAGAGAUUGUGAUGCCUUGGCACAAGUUCUGGAUGAUAAUGGGACAGUAGACCACGGGAAUGCGAUGAAUAACAUUGGCCAAACGAAGGAAAUGACAGUCGUUGAAACAAAGUCAGACGCUUCUACCCUGGAUGAUCUAUCCGAGCCGAAAACACCUGGAUUCAACGCGAACGUGCCAUUUCAUGAGGUAGUGCGCUGUGACGAGGCAGCCAGCUCAUGUACAGACUGCCACGAGGGCCGUAUGUCUAGUCAGGGUGUCGUCCCUUCACAAGAACUGGACAAGUUGCCGAGCUUGACAAGAUCCGCGUCCAUCAGCUUUUCGAGGCCUCACUUGACUGAAGACGCCUCAACAUUACCGAAGGGGAAUUAUCAUCUGCGGCACGACAGCCGCUUUUACUCCUCAGGCUCUGGCUUAUCUGAUUUGGCGUCUUUCGUACAGCAGGUUGACCAACAUUUUCAGACAACGGGUCCGGAAGACAUCGACGUUAUCUUUAAUGAAUCGAGAGACUCACAUGGCUGGACUCAGACCAUGACAGGAAAUACUUCUGCCAAGAAUAGGCCUCGCCCGUGGGAAGAUAAGGGGCUACGAUCCGAACAGCGUACAAAUGCAGUGCCACACCCCCCUCGAGUGUCGUCGCUCCGUGAAAAUCGGAGGCAACCGGCAGCUCUCAGGGUCGACACUGCAGUUGAUGAGCCUCACCAGUAUCAGGUUGUUUCGACACGCAGUGGCCCAACGUUGACGCCACAGCCGAUAUCACCUGCAAAGCAAUUACGGGUGAAAAAUAGCAUUCCCCAAUUGAUGAAGGCUUUACCACCCCUGCCUGGGUAUGCACCUGCACCGGAAUCGCCUUUUGGGCCUGCUGUCGUGCCAAUGGAAUUCGAGCCCUUUGAGAUCUCUCAGCUGACGGACGCCCGUUCUACCUUAAUCGAAGCUUUCCAAGCAGAGGAUGCUUCCAAAGGGUACGACGCCUUCGUCUUUGACCGAAAUACUCAUAAGCCGAGACUGAAAUUGAAACAUGCUGCUUCAUUCGCGGUAGGAAACGAACGCAAUUUGAGACGUGAACAUAUCGUUCCAAAGAACGUCUCCCGACCCGAUGCUUCUAUCAAGCGACCGGCGACUGCAACGGAGACUGCGACAGAGACUACAACUGAGUACUCUACUGCCCCUGUGAAGCGAAGACUCCCGAUCAAAAUUUCUCGUCCCAUGCUCACAUCACUGGCACGUGAAGACGCAGGGACUGUAAAGCGACGGCCAGGGAUCCAGAAAUCUAGCACCGUGUCAGAGCUCACUUCUAAGGAGCCCAUUGAUCUUUUCAGUUCCGCGGUUGCCUUGCGAGCUGCAGUGGCAAAAAACGAUAUGUGCUCAGCUCAGCAGAAAAGCCUCAAUGCCGCAGUCCAAGCGAACGAGCCAAUUGUCAAGAUCACGCCGGUGGUCAGGAUCCAGCAAAUUCCUGCCGAUGCUGACAUUAGAGGCACUUCCUUGGACGCGCAUAUGGAUAAGUUGCGCUUACCGAGUGUCGAUUCUCACCAAGGCGUGGAACAUGAAAUACGGAGUUUUUUCUCCGACAACAGCAUUGUGAAGCCGCGGCAAGGGUUGAGGAAACGAAUUUCAAAUUUGAAAUCGAAGCUUGCAGAAACCAGAAACCAUCGUCGAUCGCCCCUAAGCAAGCUCCCGCAGGAUGAUCGUCACGGGGGCAACGGCAUUCUCUUGACUCCUCAAGGCCAGCCAAGCGGCACGCGCAAUGAACUAUUCAAACCAGCGCAAGCAUCCAAAGCACAUCCACAAGUCAUAAAUGUGCGCACAGUAAGAAGCAAAUUGGGGAAGUUCAUGAAGGGUGCAAAGCACAAGUUUCGAACUUGGGGCAAAUCCAAACGUAGGAUUGACUGA